AUGUAUCCAGUGUGGGAAAAUGUCCGAAAAGCAUUGCAGGUUGCAGCAGACAUGUAUAAGAGACAUGCCAACAAGAAAUGCAGUCCACAACCAACGUUUCAGGUCAGGGAUAAGGUAUUUUUAUCUACCAAGUAUAUACACCUUAAAGUGCCCUGCCAUAAGCUGGGUCCCAAGUUCAUGGGUCCAUUUCCAAUCAUCAGAGUAAUUAAUCUGGUCACGGUAGAAUUAAAGCUGCCUCCCAUGUUGGGGAAAACCCACCUGGUAUUUCACAGCAGUUUACUCAAACCGGUGAUCACCACUGGGUUACAUAAUCUUCCAACACCAUCGUCUCCGGUGCAGGUUGAUGGUGAAUGGCAGUAUGAAAUUGAACAGAUAGUAGAUUCCCGUCGUCAUCAUGGCACUUUACAGUAUUUAGUAGUUUGGAAGAGAUAUCCUUGUACAGAUGCAUCAUGGGUGAUGUCAACUGAGGUGCGCGCACCACGCCUGAUCGCCCAGUUCCAUCAUCGAUACCCUGAUAAACCUAUAGAGGAUACUGCUAAUAGCGCUUUUGGUCUUCCAGAAUCAUCUCCACUGGUGGUGUACGGACAUGAUUUUGUGCCUAUCCCUGAAAUACCCCGCGAAAAACCGCAAGUGCUGUCCCUUUCUGAGUGGAGUGACCGCCUCCGGGAGAUGUGGCCUUUGGCUUAUGGGGCACUGGAUGCUGCACACCAAGCACACAAGAAACAAGGAGAUAAAAAGAGGGUGAAGCCAAAAGAGUAUACAGUUGGUGAUCGUGUAUAUUUAUCCACCAAGUUUUUUCAGACCUCUCAAAAGUCUAAGAAAUUGGGCCCCAAGUAUGUUGGACCGUUCCCAAUUAUCAAGGUCAUCAACCCUGUGUCCGUACAUCUGGAACUGCCUAAAUAUCUCAACCGUGUCUACCCAGUGUUUCAUGUUAAUCUCCUAAAGCCAGAACGCACUUCUCUGUUGCGGGCUUCUUUGGUGGCUCCACCUGCCCCACUCCUGAUUGAGAGUGAGCAGCAUUUUGAGAUUAAAGAAAUUUUGGACUCUAGGAAACAUAGGAACCGUAUUCAAUAUCUUGUGGCAUGGAAGCAUUUCCCUACCUCUCGUGCUCCAAUGUACGGGCUCCUCUGCUUCUUCACAAUUUCAUCUAAAUAUGUUUGUCUCACAGCUAAGGUGCAGCAGGAGAUUGAUGAGGUGGUGGGUACAAAUCGCACUCCAAGCAUGGAAGACCGGUUGAAGAUGCCUUUCACCAAUGCUGUGGUCCACGAGGUUCAACGUUAUGAGAUUGGGAGUGCUGAGAGCUUUCCACGGGCAACAACCUGUGAUGUAAAAUUCCAUGGCUACAACAUUCCCAAGUGCAUCACUGUUGCCCCUAUCCUUCCUUCGCUACAUUAUGAUCCUCUCCAUUGGGAGACUCCAGAGAAGUUCAACCCAGAUCAUUUUUUGGAUGAAAAGGGCCAAUUCAGGAAAAUAGAUGCUUUCAUGCCAUUCUCAGCAGGGAAGAGGGCCUGUCCAGGAGAAGCCCUGGCUAGGAUGGAGCUCUUCCUGUUCUUCAGCACAUUGCUCCAGAGGUUAACCUUUUAUCUGGAUGGGGACACCAAAGACACAGAUGUAAUGUCUCUGUUUAUGGCCUUCAAUAAUAAGACUCAAUGCCCCCUUAUACAAGCUGUUAAACGUUCAGUGAACAAUUGUGUUGAAUAAUUAGGACAAUGAAAGAAGCCAAGAUCCAUCCACCCAUCCAUCCUUCCUUCCUUCUCUUUCUUUCUUUUUCUUUCUUUCUUUCUCUUUUCUGUUAUUAUUUCUUUUCUCCUCCCUUCCAUUUUUAUCUUCUCCCUCCCCGUCUUUCCUGUAUUGGCUGACCUAUAUUAAUAAAUAUUCAAAUAAAGCAUGUGGGAUAGCUUUUACUUUGAAAGGCAAUGUUAAAACUGAUGUGGUAUACAUAUAUAAUGAUUGUGAAGGACAUUUUAUUUUUUAAGGCAAAUAAUUAUUUUUAUCUCUGCUCUAAUAAUAUUUUAUGGGAAAAUUAAGAAUAUUUUGAAAUAUUUCAUACAAGUUUCUCUAAGCUAUAUUCUGCAAAUUCUGCAAUAUGUAAUUCAUACUAAAGAUUUCAACUUCAUUCAAGAUUCUCAAUUGGAAGUCUCAUGAGGAUAUGAUGUUGUGGAAUAACCUACAUUUGAAACUGGAUGCUGAACUGCUGUUGACUUA